AUGUGUCGCUUGGAUCCAGAAACAGCCUGCGAUCGCGAUCCAAACACUUGGAGGCCUAUUGUAGAAGUUGGUCAGUACAACGAUUGGUUGGAAGCACCCACUGCUUUCGACUUUUACCAGCUCAAGGUGGCGGCUCAACGACGCGACUGGAGACGUCAGGAGAAAGCCAUUCGCAGGUUUCGGGCUGCUGUGACGAAGGUUGUCCAGAGGUGGAGAGCGGAGAGGCUACUUCAGCGAUUGGCUAAAUUGGCCAGCAGCAUGAACCAAUCAGAUGAGGCCAGGGCGGAGAUGGCCCGCCAAGAAGAGGAUCGCUUGUUAGACGAGCUAAUUGGUCGUCCGACGAGAGAACUUCCGUCCUGGGCCCCGGAAACCAGUGGAUAUGCUGGUAAACUCUUCUCAGCCGCCUCCAAACCCUCCUGGGAGACGGGCGAGAGUGAACUGGAGGUCUGUCUGCGCGAACUCAACUCUGCAGUGAGUGGAGUCCUCUCUGAUCGAGCCCCGUCCAUUGUUCGGGAUGAAAAGCUGCAGAAGUAUCCGCUCUUGGAAGAGCCCCGUUGGCUGGCUGAGUCCUUUACUCAAUUCGAUGUCUUGGAGGGGAGGGAACUGGCCAUGUUGCCGUUGUCGGACGCGGCACUACAUCGCCUUCUGAGUAAAUGGAUGAAGGAGCACCGACCGGAUGCGCCCAACAGAACCUGUCUACAACUGAAAGGCUUAUCGCGAACCGAGGACGAACAGGAAGAGGAAGAAGACUUCCCGAGGGAACAGCUCAUCCCUGUGGACCCAGAGUUCACAAAAUCGGGUGAUCUCUUGUCAAUGCCCGCUUACCUGACCGAACCGGUGCCAGAGGCCUUGACCGGUGGCAUACCGAUGACUGGGCUUUAUCCGAUGGAUUACAUCAAUACUCACCUACCCUCAACUAAUGUCAUCUUCGAUGAUUAUGAUGAAGUCGACGUGAUUGCUAACCUACGUGGUGGCAAGUCCUCCUCGGAUUGGGAGCAACCGAUGUAUGCCUGGGCCAUGGAGCCCUUGGAACUUGACUUGCCUUCACUGGCUCUUCUUUCUAAUCCAGGUCAGUUUUGGGGCAUUUUGCUGCAAGGUAGUAAUCGAAAUUCUAGAUGA